ACCGCACCAUAGAGACGGUUAAACCAAGAUGGCGGCAACAUUCCACAUUUUGUUUUUCACGACUUGUUUCGUACUCCUUGGCAUACUACUGAGCGCGCGGGCCCAAACAACGGCAGCGCCCGGGUCAACACAACUCCCGACAACUCCAGCGGCAUCGACUGCAGCCCCGACGACGCCCGCUCCUGCCACAGAGGCACCGGCGACACAGACCAGCUUCCCGGUCAACACUAACGUCGGCAGCUGUACCUGUGACCUGACGCGCAGCGCCUGCGAUGUGAACUGUUGUUGCGACCCUGACUGCACCAGCCAGGACGCGCAGAGCUUCAGCCAGUGUCUGGAGAACCUGUACAAACCGGAUGACCGGCUCUGUGUCCAGGAUCAUAUCAUCGUGUUUGAGAACACCCAGUUUGUCUCCAACUUGGAGUCCAACAACCUGUUCUGUAUUUACACCGAUAAUUACCCAGCACGAAAUUACUACACAGGUGCUGACGUAGUAGAUACAGAGCAGGCUUUCCAGAACCUACUGCAGACGUAUGAAACAACUUCAUACAGCCAAGUCGACAGUACAGCUACUGUAUAUGAGGACUUCUACAAGUCUGGAGACCCCGUGUACACUGUGAACGAGAGUGGUGCCCAGGGCACACUGGGGCUGCCCAAAGCAGACAUCACAUCUAACUGCUUGGACAGUAGUGUUGCUGGAUUUUUACAGGAUGAAACAACGUCUUGCACUCGUGAGUGGGACAGCCUAGCUGAUCAAUGUGAAACAAGUCCAUCGCUGAAUGCAAAUAUAUAUUAUCUUGGGUUAAAGGUGGCGAGAACACCAGCCUUGUUCCAAUCCACACUUCCACCCACAACAACUGGAACAACAGUAACUGUCACUGCUGUCACCACAGCUGUCAUGACAACAGCCAAUGUCACCGUUCCUGUCUCAACAAGUCAGCCAGGGAACACCACCGCUGACAACUCCACCAACCUUUUUGACGACCCCGACCUGGUGAACUUCACGCUGGCAAACAUUACCUGUCAGGACAGACAGGGCCACAUUGUCACCUGUGGUUUUACUGGAGGUUCCGUACCUGGGCCAGUCUACAAUAGAACCAGCGGCUUCUGUGACAAUAUGGUUCUCAGUGUUGCUUACACCGUGACACACAAUGGAAGUCAAGGCAUAUCUGCCGUGGAAGUCUCCUUCACCCUGGGAUCAGUUCACUCUACACAGACGUCAGUGCAACAGACUUCUGCAAUUACGUUCAACAAGCAGGAUUCUGUGGCAGGCUUUAGAAGAAGUGGCAAUCCUGGUUAUGUAGUCGGAGAACCCUUGCUGGCAGGGACUCUAGUAGAGACGACAUCAACCACUUCUGGUGAACAGGUUCGAUCCAUCGAAGUGAGCAGCAAUAGGAACAGCUGGCUGACCAUGCUGUCCAGCACAGCUGAUGGCAGCUGUCUGUCGUCGGGUGACAGGACUCCGGUCGUGUUUGGUGAGGACAUGAGAUCAGGAUGUCUGGUGACUGUCUACUUCAACAACAUCACAAGCGUUUGUACACUUCUCCAGAACACCAUCACUGAUGCCUUACAGGGAACAAACCCACCAACACACGUGGCCGUGUACGGAAACUCUCAACUAGACGCAGUUGGAGACUGGGUAGAAAUCCUCGGGGACAAUGAACCAUUAGUCCAAACAACCGGCUUUAGAACAACCACUUGUCGAAAUGUUGUUCUGGGCAUGCACAUAGAAGUCCUGUAUUCUAAUAUUGGAGCACUGUCCAACCCACAGCCUAAAAUCCUUGCUGUGAGAAGGAGAUUUGAGAACCCGCAGGACAUCACAUUCACCUGUGUGGGGACACUGUGCCAGGCGGGGGGAGGACAGACUGGCCAGCAGUUUGAGGUUGUGUCCAGUGUUACCUUCAUCGAUGCCUCCACAUCUCCCACAGCCUCCCUGGCCGAGUACCCAACCAUCCAAACUCAGCUGCCUUUUGACUUCUUCUACCCAUUCCAGACUUCCUCUGCAGUUUUACACCUUAGUUUCAAGAAAAUCAUUUACAUCACUGCUUUUGUAAUCUUUGCUGUCAUAAACAGAUAGUCAAGGAUUGGACAAAUUGUAGAUUCUCUUGUUGACAGUAUUCUGGACAGAUUGAUUACUAUAAUGUUGAUUUUGUGUGCACUUUAUGAUGUGAGAUUUGAUUCUUCUCUGGUACUUAGGGAGUGCAAAGGUUUCAUGUUGCUGUUCCAAAAUUUAAUGUAUAUUUAACGGUUGACCAGUCCUUCAACUUUAUGGCAUAAGAUUGUGUUCUGGACUUGCUCUGUUGUCAUUAUAAAAAAAAAUAGAUAUCUGUACAAACAAAAUAUCAAUGCCAAACUUGUUACCAACUAUUUAAGUUAGAUUUUUCUUCAUAUAUUUGUACAAAGUACAUGUAGCUUCUUUGUAAAUAUGGUACAUGCUGCUGGCUAGCCUUUCACUAAAACUAUUUCCUCAACAGAAGGUUGCAUGUCAGUCUGAAAUUCUUUCUGCAGUACUGGAAAAUUCAUGGUAGAAGUAGUAAUAAAAUUUCAUGUGACUUACUGAAAAGAUGCUUUUAUUAUACAUGUACAUGUAUCUUAAGGCUCUGUUUUUCUGCAGUAAAAAUGUGAAGAUUGGCAA